AUGGGACUCGAAGGAUUCUCGCUACGAGAACGUCACGGACAACCAUUUCGCUGCAGGUUCGUCAGCAGGGGCGACGCGGAGCGUACAAAAGCGUCGUCGUCGACAGAGGCCACUCCUUUCGAGUCUUGCGAGGAACACGCCUAUACUUCGAGCGACCCACAGCAUCUUGUCUUUGAGACCACCAGUGAAGGGCGAUCGCUGCUAGAACUACCGCGCGAGGCCGAGGCAUCGCCAGACACCGGGCUUUCUGCUACCUCAUACAAGGAGUCUGUACGGGCAGAAGCCGUGGAGCACAAGGCAACUCGUACUGUCGUUCACAGGGACACGUUGAGACGUGGACGAGGGACCCGUGAAGCCGAAACGCCUCGAGUACGUCCUGGCUGUCCAGAAGAACUCACAAUUGUGGCUCUGAAGAUUCGACGCCACAAGCCCAGUCAGCUCUCCAGGGAUGACAUGCCAGAACCCUUCGGUAGGAGACGAAUGUCUUUAACGGGCAGACGAACCAAAAUUCGUCCCACAUUAGACCUGCCGAGGGCGACCCACAGCUCGCCACAGGAGGUGCGCUCCACGAGCCUCGCUGACAGUACCGACAUCGUUCGUUCAACCGGGCGCACCUGCAGGGGGGACGUGCUUGCCGCUGCGAUGUUCGUUGCUGCCGUGACUUCGGUUCUUGCCAUCCUCCUGUACCUGUUCACCUCCAUCCGCGACGUCGGAGCGCCCUUCAAGGCUUCGCGGGCGUGCUUUUCGGACGCUUGUCUCAGAGACGCCGUGUUCCUGGACCAGCUGCUCUCUUGGAACGUCGUAUGGCCUUGCGACAAUUUCUACAUGUUCGUUUGUCGCCAGUGGAGAAAUCAGUUCGCCGCGACGCCGCUGGCCGGUUCCGUUUCAGCGGACGACGAUUACGUUGCGAAUGCCGAAGGAAAAAUGUACGCCAUUCUCGAAGACCGGAGUCAAGGCUCGAGCGUACUCCAGCCUCUCCGUGAUCUAAUGGACAAGUGCAUGGACGUCGAGCAUAUUCAGUUGGACGGUUGGGACCCGCUGCUGGCGUUUAUGUCCGAAGCUUCAAUGGUGACCUUUCCUAUGACACCGCCUACACGACUUUCGUUAUCCGCGUGGAAGACAGCUGGUCACGUGCUUCGAAGAACUGGCACCUCCGCGUUGCUCAGCGUUGGCAUCGCCGCAAAUCCGCGCGUUCCGAACGAUGACAUUGUACUGAUCGCGCCGCCCGAAAUGCUCACCGACAACAGGAACAUCGAUGUCAACGAGGCCGUGCGUCUCUAUACAGACGCUGUGUUCUCAGCCGCCAAGGCGCUGCGAAAGGAAUUUAUUCCUGCGCCUUAUACCUUGGACAUUGUCAAGUUCGCGGGCAAUCUCGAAAAGCUUUGCGAAUCAAAGUCUCGCGAAAGACAGUCCUAUAAAAUUGCCAGAGCUAACACGUCAUCGCACCUCUUCACAUUUGUUACCGAAGUACUCCGAAGUAGGGAAUCUCUCGCUCCGCGAGUACGAGCAGAUGUCUUGAUCCAGGCGCCGCACCUCGUCUACGAAAUUGUCAAGCUCGUCGAAAACGCGGAACUGCACACCGUUUUCAAUUACAUCUCGCUCAGGUUGAUGAUCCAGACGUCACCGUUCAUACCGCAAAACGACCUGACAGACUUCUACGGCACGCUUGUCCACGGUAAGUAUCAACAUUCGCUUCCGCGGUGGAAGCUCUGCCUUCGCGUUGUUGAGAAGACCUUGUUUCCCCUCGCCUACGUGUCGUUCCUGACUAACCUCAGCGCUCACGCAUCGCCCCUCAAGUUCCCCGACGCGGUCAGCAGUGCUGCGAGAGAGCUCCUUCACGGCGUGAAGACGUCGCCGCUCUUCAACGCCUUCUCGAAAGCUGCCAUCCAGAAAAUGUUCGUCAAGACCCGUUUCAAGGUGCUGGCUCCACCGUGGAUUCACGACGACGUACUUCUGAGAUCCUACUACCAAAGCCUGCCCACCAUAAAGCCGACGGACACAGCCUUUGGAUCCUACGUGGCAACCUUCGAGCGUGUUUUCGCGCAUACCGCAUCGCGCGACUUUUCGGAGCAGUGGAGCCACUCUGCCUUCAGCACGAACUGCUACUACGACGGCAGCGUGCGUACCGUCUUCGUGCCCCUGCUGGUGUUCAACAUCACGGCCGGAGUGGACGCUGCGGGCGACUAUGCUCAAGUUCCUCGGGCUGCGUACCGCGUGGUCAAGUGUAUCCUGGACAUGCUGUUCGCCGAUGCGAAUUCGACGUCUGCUGACGAGUCGUGGCUGGACCUCGAGACGCGACGCAGAUUUGAAGACGCCGAGCGCUGCUUCGGUGGAUCGCCGGAUGAGGUUCCGCUGCGCCCGCUGGGUUUUCCGAAGCUGACGGACGCCCUGGCCAUGAAGUUCGCUUUCAACACCUUCCGAACAGCUACCGCGAGCUCUAGAAAAGCAUGGGACCUGCGGCUUCCCAAUGGCAGAUAUCUGACCAAUGAUCAACUAUUUUUCGUAUUUCUAGUCAUGCAGGCUUGUGAAAGAACCGGUGACCGCCAGCUGGCAACUAAGGCCGGUGCAACGUGGAACGUCGUUCUUCGCAGCUACCGGGACUUUCACGCGGCCUUAAACUGCCCCUUGGGCUCCUCGAUGAAUCAAGCUGGUCAUUGUAGCAUAUGA